AUGGCGAACAAUGACCUUGUCGGUUUAAUGGUGGAUUUAGUAUUGAACAAACCGUUCAAUAUCUCAAAGUACAUAUUCACCAACAUGAAAGAGAAAUUGAGAAGAACUAUAACUAUGAAUGUCCAACAUCCAGAUCUCUCUAAAGAAGACAAUGAUGUUUUGAAGAUUGAUGUUAUGAAAGAAAUAUCAUUGAAGAUCUUUAAAGGAUAUGGUGCUAAGAGCUACAAGGAAAGUGAUCCUCCACGGAAGCUAUUCGGGUUCUUGGAUAACAACACGUAUAUAGCGCUGGAGAACGACAAGUGGCGACAUGAUAACAACGGUUCCGACAAUGAAGAGCCCACUUUGAACAAGAUGAUCGAAGACAAAUUCGGUAAGAAGAGUGAAAGUGAUGAUGAUGACAGUGAUGACGAAGGUAGUGAUGGUGGUGAAGGUGGUGAUGGUGGAAAUGUUGGUGCUGGUGCGGCAAGUGCUCAUGGUAGUGAUGAUGCUAACUCUGGUUCAGACGACAAUCCGCCUGAACCAGGUUAUGAGCACUAUAUAGAUCAGCGUGGGAUUCAUCAAUUGCGCAGGAUUCGUACUGAUCGGGAUCAGGAUGAAGACUAUGUGCCUUCUGACACAGAAGCAGCAGAUAUUCAGAAGAAGAAACAGGCUGCUAUUCAAAGAAAGAAGAAGAUGAAGAAAACUGUUGGUACAUCUUCAUCAGCACAUGCCUUUGUACAACAGGAAACAAUUGUUGAACCUGUUCAGGAAGCGGAGGUCAAUCCUCAGUUUGCUUUCUCUGCUGAGGAAGCUGCAGUUAUGACGGCCUCACUUUCUGAAGCACCUCAACCGCCUCCAACAACCACAUCUGCCACUGAAACACCGAUUGUAACUCCUCUAGUUGAACCACAACAAGCUGGAACUUCAUCUAGUCUGCGACAACAAUCUGAAGCUCAUCAACGAAGCUCAGCACGCCGUGGGAGACUAUUCUGA